AUGCGGAACUACAGAAGAAAAACAGAACGUGGCACAAAAUCUGUAGAAUUGAUGCAACGCACAUGGCAUUCAAAUAAAAUGGCUGGGAAGGAUUGGAUGUCUGCAUUUCUUACACGAAAUAGCAGCCUCUCUAUUAGAAAACCUGAAGCAACAAGCCUAAGAAGAGCAACGUCAUUUAAUAAAAGUAAUGUGCAAGAAUUUUACACGAAAUUAGCAGAAGUUAUGGAUCGAUUUAAAUUUACAGCUUCUUCCAUAUGGAAUGCAGAUGAAACUGGUGUAUCGACUGUCACCAAACCAUCAAAAAUAAUUGCAGCUAAAGGAAAACGAAAUGUUGGUUCUGUAACAUCAGCUGAAAGUGGAACUAAUGUUACUCUAUUGGUCGCAGCAGCUACAGAUUCAUCCAUUCCACCAAUGUUUAUAUUUCCUCGCAAAAAGUUUCAAGAUCAUUUUAUUCGAGAUGGUCCUACUGAUUGCAUUGGUGUCAGAAAUUCUAGCGGCUGGAUUACUAAUGAUGAGUUUUUUUUAUUUAUCCAGCAUUUUAUCAAGAAAGUUAGGCCUAGUAAAGAAUCGCCGACGUUAUUGGUUUUAGACAACCACUCCUCACACUUAUCUGUACCCACACUCGAUCUAGCUAAAGAAAACGGCGUGGUGAUGCUUUCCUUUCCGCCACAUUGUUCUCACAAGUUACAACCGCUUGACGUGGCAGUAUACGGACCUUUUAAAAGAUAUAUGUCUUCAGCUCAAGAUGUAUGGAUGAGGAAUAAUGCUGGAAAGACAAUGACCAUAUAUGAUAUCCCUGGACUUGUCCGCACUGCCUUACCUUUAGCUUUAACACCAAAUAACAUUAUGAGUGGGUUUGAAAAAAGUGGCAUAUUUCCCUACAACCAAAAUAAAUUUAAUGACGAUGAUUUUGCACCAAGUUAUGUUACGGAUCGUCCCUUAAUAAAUUACACAAAUGAGCCACAGCCAUCAACAUCAUCAGAUUCUUUUCCAUCAAUACUGUUGAACACACAGCCUUUGAUGUCAUCUAAUCCGCAGCAACCAACAACACAUGACGCAAUGAUUGACACUGGUGAUACAUUGGUCGAUCCUCAUGAAGUUUUUUCGUCUGAAGUACGGCCGCUACCAAAAGCUGGCCCACGAAAAUCAAUCGCAAACAGAAAACGCCGCAAAAGUGCUAUUUUAACCGAUACACCUGAAAAAGAAAAUCUUCGAAAAGAACAAGACUUUGCGAAUAACAAAAAGACCAAAGGUGUAAACAAGAAGGCGAAAGUAAAUAAAAAAGUAGAACAGGUUAAAAAAGCAAUAUUACAAGAGAUUAAUAGUGAUUCUAGCUCUGAUGAUGAAUAUUUCUGUUUAAUUUGCUGCGAGAACUACAAUGACAGCGUUCCAGGCGAAGGUUCGAUACAAUGUAAUCUUUGCAAACAAUGGGCCCACGAAAAAUGUAUUUCAAACAGAGGUAGUGUUUACUUCGUAUGUAAUAAUUGUGAUUCAGGAAAUGAUGAGUCUGAUUAA